CUGGUGCAUCGGCACGAGUGGUGGCGUCGAACUGUUGCAAUAGUGUUGCUCCAUCAUUUGUUUAAUCUGCAGUGACGGCCUGCCCCACUCGGUCAAGUUCUUGUUUAGCUAGCAAAGCGCCACAGGAAAAGGAACCAGUUUCCCGCUUCGAAAGCUUUGGCAGAAUUUCACCCUGGCGAGCAUCGUUAGACGGGCACGGUCUGCGACACAGGCGGCGCGAAACCCAGCCCAGGUUUUUUACUUCAUCCAACAGAGUCUAGUUCCGUUUAGCGCAAUCGCUAAGCAGCACAAGUGUUGGCUUUAAAUAUCUCCCGCUUAUGCGCCAUUUGCAUUAGGUCAGCUUAUGCAGUUACUUUCGAGAAGUGUGACAUGAAACCAUCGUACGUGCUUGCUUGUGUCUUUUGAGCGCUAGCACUGAGAGAUUUUUUGGGAUGGAGAACUACUACAGCCUUUCUAAAGUAGACCGCGCCUUCAAACCCGCAGCAUCUUAUGAAAUAAUCGCUGUAUUUGUGACAGUGGGCUUGGCAAUCGUAAUAUUGAGAUGUCUUAGAGUUUUAUACCAGUUUAUUCGUAUGUACUGGCACCUCCGAAAGCUACCGAGGCCAAAGCGAGUUUGCCAGGGACCAUGGUACAUGCCGGAAGCUAUUGUGUGCAGAUACUGGAUGGAUUCACACCUCAGCAUAACAGCAAGGCUCUUUAACUUCUUCAAAGACUCUGCGGCGACAUACCUCAACGAAGAUUUGACAGUGUAUUUUUAUGGGCCGCAAGCAAUAGUACUGGUGAAUACGCCUACGACAAUGAAGGCAAUUGUCCGCUGCGAAAGUAACCUUACUAAGCCAUUUGUGUAUGGUUUGUUGAAAACACUGAUGGGGACCAGCUUAUUAACAUGUCACAAAGGCAUCUGGCGGCAACGCAGGCGUACUCUUAAUCCUGCGUUCAGCACUCGAAAUGUGUGGUCAUUCGUCCCUGCUAUUAGCCGGAGAUCAGAAUCACUUGUGCUGGAAAUUCAGAAAAACAAAGCCGUUUACUGUGAUGAUUACUUUGAUGUUCUGGGCCUACUGACGUCGACAACAUGUGGCGUAUUGCUAGAAACUGUUCUGGGAGUAAGAAUAGACGACCUGAAUGUCCAACAAAUGGGACUAAUGGAGGCACUGAAAGGGUUCUGCGAAGGAUUCAUGUCUCGGCUGGUCAACGCGCUUUAUUGGUGGGACUCCAUAUAUGAGCUUACUACGGAAGGCAAAUAUUACAGAAGAUGUUGCGACAUGCUACGAGUCUAUAGCAGGCAGAUAAUGCUGAAAAGAAAGGAGGCACUGAAGGCCAAAGGCGCCGAGAAGGACUACACAGGGUCUUUCUUGGAUAUCCUUCUUCAAAUGCAUUUGGAGGACGGAUCAAUCACGGAGGAGGAAGUCCUCGACGAAACAGUCACAAUAUUUGCCGCGGGCUAUGAUACCACCGCUGCUCUAGCCUCUUACUGCCUUUACCUGCUGGGAAAUUAUCGAGAUGUUCAAGUUGCGUUACACGAUGAGAUCGACAGAAUUUUCGGAGAUGACGUACACCGGCCUGUAACUACUGACGAUCUGAGGAGUAUGAGGUAUCUGAGCUGCAUAAUAAAGGAAACAUUGCGGCUUUAUCCAUCGGUUCCUAUCAUGGGACGUUACAUAGAAGAGGAUAUGAAAAUUGGAACCCAACUGAUACCGAAGGGAACAAUGGCCUUGGUUCUCAUCUAUUUCUUGCACCGCCACCCCCGUUUCCACAAGAAUCCUAGCUGUUUCACACCCGAGAGGUUUCUAAGUGACGUUUCCCGUCCUCCACAGUACGCCUACAUGCCUUUCUUUGGUGGACCAAGGAACUGCAUAGGUCAGCGUUUUGCCGUGCAAGAAGCGAAGGUUGUCGUCGCUCAACUUAUGCGUCAUUUCGAGGUUCACUCGAAGCUUCGCGAAGAGGAGUUACAACUGGAACUGGGCAUAGUUCUCAGACCAUCACAGGGACUUGAAAUAAAGCUCACCCCAAGAAAACCUCAAAAUCCGCAAGAACACACUCAGUGACAGUCUGCGGUGACUUCCUGUCAACCAAUAAAAUUAGAAUAAGU